AUGCAGACGGCUACUGCCCCUUUCAUCCUACGUUCCUUGUACAAGGAUGCGUAUAUCAGCGACAUGCAAAUCGCACGACCGAUCACGGAGUUGCUGAUGAAUACCAUUGGCGCACAGCUAACGAACAAGUACGAUACACACAUCCCCGCGAUAGCCUGCUCCCUCUACACACUCUUUUCCAUGUCCCGAGUGCAGACGCUCGGGCAGGAGUUCUGUGACCUGCUGCCUGUGGUGAAGGCGCAUCCAUGGCAGCCGGUUGGGCCGGCGCGCGUGUUCCUGCUCGCCGUGCUGCAACUGCUCGAGCCGACGGCGGUGUUCGUGGUGGCCCGUAGACUCUUCCCUGACAUGUCCACGGCCGAUGUUGAGGAGGUGCUGAAGAAGGUGGUACUGUGCGCACUCUUUCUCUUUGAGCGCUUCGGCACGCUUCCACAUCGCAUUGUGCGGAUACGGUUCCUGAGCCUGAAGCCGUCGCGGACUUUGCAGGACAGUGAUGGUGCUCCGGGCUCGUACUUUGUUCUGGGCCUCGUGCUGCUGGUAGAGCUGGUCGUCCGCCUUUGGCGUUACAGCAAGGAGCGCACGUCUCGCGAGGCGAGGCGGUCGACUGAGGCGGCCGUCAACACAAGCAGCGACGAGGAUACCGAGGACGCACGGUCCGGUAAGUGCAUGCUGUGCCUGAGCAAUCGCCGGUUCCCAACUGCGACCAACUGCGGCCACAUCUUUUGUUGGCGGUGCAUCGCUGAAUGGAUCCAGUCGAACCCACAGGAGGCCGUGUGCCCGUUCUGCCGCCAGCACAUCACGACGCAGUCGCUGGUGCCGCUGUACUUCUACGUCGCCAAAGAGCCGCCGCGUGUGGGGACUGCGACGGACGCCGCCGCCUCACCUGCCGCUUGA